AUGCGCUUGGAAAAGCUCAAGAGGAAGGAGGAGGAAUUGGAGUACUAUAUACAGCUGCAAGCCCAACUCGAGGAAAUCACUACCAAAAAGGAGAAGGCGCGUGUGUUAGAAUCCAACGAUUUCGACGAUGAGAAUCAGCUCAACAAGAGGGUCAAGGAGCUGGAGGCAUCGAUCAAGAAGACCCGUAACAAAGACCUGGGGGAUGUCGAUGAGGAGCAACAAGAGGAGCCGACGUUUCCCCUGCUCGAUAUACCUGAUGACCAGCUCGACGAGGAAGGAAUCAAACAGAAGCGACAACAGAGACUAAUGAAGUCAAACUACGAUGCACGACAACGCGCGAAGAUUGAGAAGGAGAAGGAGAAGGCACGACAAGCAGAGGAGCAACGUCUUGAUGAUGAGCGACGAGAGACCGACCCUCAGGGCUGGAUCGAUGAGCGUAAGAUGGCGCGCCAAGCGAUUAUCCAAAAAAUGAAGGAUCGCGAACGCAUGAAGGCCGAACUAGGGAACAGAAAGUCCGUCGCCAAUCAAAUGCGCAUGAAGUCGAUUGCCAAUCUCGCCUCUGACAAUCCGACCAAAAAGCGAAGAAGAGGUGGGGGGGACGACGACACCUUUGGCGCCGACGACGCAGACUGGGGCGUAUACCGCACCAUUGCCACCGGCGAAGGCUCCGACGACGAAGAAGAGGAAGAUCUUAACAAGAACCUCAAAGAAAUUGAAUCCCAACUCCUCAAGCACGACCCCAAUUUCACUGAGGACUCUACACGCGAAGCACAAACCGAUUGGACCAAGAGUAUCCUCCACGCUUUCCUCCACGGCCCGUAUCCCUUUGACCCAGAAUCGCAACGGGAAAUCAAUCAAAUCCACCUCAACGUCGAACGCAUACGCGUGCCAGAAGUAGUCUUCCAGCCCACCAUUGCCGGACUCGAUCAAGCCGGCAUCGUGGAGAUUGCCUCGAACAUCCUGACCGAGCGGCUAGGCGACUCUCCCCACCGCGACGACAUCCUCAAGGACAUCUUUUUGACGGGUGGCAACACGCUCUUCCAGGGCUUCGAGGAGCGACUGAGAGCAGAGCUGCGUGCUGUGUUGCCGGCCGAACAGAGUAUCAAUGUGAGGCGGGCAAAGGACUCGGUGCUCGAUGCGUGGAGAGGUGCGGCGCAGUGGGCGAGCAGGAAAGAUGCCAAGAGGGAUUUUAUCACGCGGGCGGAGUUUUUGGAGAAAGGCGGCGAGUAUAUCAAGGAGCAUGAUAUGGGGAAUACUUUUUAUUAG